GGUCUGAGUAAUGAAUAAUAGAUCAAUAACUGGUAAACACCGCAUGGAAUGAUUCUUUUGUAGUUUAUGGCGCGUUCUGAUAAAUUUAAAUCGACAUUCAGACUUGGCAACCUGUUCAUACAUGAAACAAAUGUUAAAUCCAUUUAAAAUGGCGAUUUAAGGUAUUAAUGUCACCCAAACAGAAACCAAAACAGGAGGAUGGCCCAGCAGCGAGUGGUGGAGAAUAUAGAGAACGACUACCUAAUCUGUAGCAUAUGUCUGGGGCGGUACUCCUCCCCCCGACUCCUCCCCUGCGGACAUACCUUCUGUCAGCAGUGCCUGUCCGACUACAUCCAACAGACCGUUCUCAGUCCUAACGCUCGGAACUUCAAAUGUCCGAUAGACCGGGGGUUGGUCAGUGGGCCGGGGUCCAGCAUCCACACCCGGGAGUGGGCGUCGUCGUUCCCCGUGGACCAGUUCGCCCUUAACCUUCUUUCCAUUGUCAAUGAACAAGAACGAGGAGGCCAGCCGGGUAGCAAUGCUCAAACUAACCAAGGGCUACAUCCUCUGGUGUCGAAUUCUAACCCGAACUUCCAGCAUUGUAACGUACAUACCGGACGGUUAAUGGAGUACUACUGUUUUGGGUGUAACACUGUUCUGUGUGCUCAGUGUGCGAUCGAUAACCAUCGAACACGUCGAUGUGACUGUGUAGCAUACGAGGAAGCUGUGUCGCGACUUCAACCGAAAGCCAAUUCUUUACAUGUGAGGUUUCAAAACUUAAUUUUUCGUGUUCAACAGCUAGUGCAGUAUGGUUCCCCGGAGCAUAACAGCUUACAGCAGUCAAAAUCGCGGGCUAUGGAGAGUCUGGAUGAAAUAGAGUCAAAUAUUAACCGAUUCCUUCAGGUCUGUUUCCAAAAUGCUGAAGAAUUAAAACAGAAAAUAACUCUAGCGGGACAUGAGUUGCCUUCAGAAACACGGCAGUUGGUUGCUCUCUUUGAUAGAAUACAGGACACCAAACUGACAUUUGAUAACCUCUUGAGCACAAAUUCUACCCAGGAUAUCCUGAAUUCAUACCGAAGGAUCGAGUCCCAGGCAGAAGAAUAUGACCGAGCACUGGCGGCCAUAUCACAGAGAAACCCAAGACAUAUUGAAAUGUCAGAUCAUCCGACAUUCUCCCGGUUCUUGAGCAACCCGCCGUCUCUAGCCACCCUGAGGGUUAAACUCCCAAACCGAACGGAAGACGUCACACCAAGAACACAGCCCGACACUGACGGGAAUCUAGGAUUUAUUUCUGCGCCUCUCUCCUCGGCAGCUCCGAGGUUCGCCGCUCCCGGAAACCGGCGAGUGUCUACCUCUACUGUAAGUAGGCCAAGAAGGAUAACCCAAAAUAACCACGCACAGAGUCGUAGUAAGAGUAAGUCUGUGAUCAGCGUCAAAAACCCACAGGAAGACACUACGACGUGGCAUUUGAACGGGAUAGUGUUUAUAGGGUACUAUGUUCUGGUCCUCGACUCGUAUAACAAUCUAUUAAGAAAGUGUAGCAUAGCAGGAACGUUCACAACUCAUGAAACACUGCCGUUAGAGGGCGCCACCAGCAUCACUCUAAUGGACAAUCCUACGGAAGUGGCCGUUACUCAACCCGAGAAAAAGCAGGUAGUUAUCAUCAGCACAGACUCGGAGUUGGCGAUAAAAGAGACGUUCAAGACCAAUAAGGCAUAUGACAUAAUCUGCUUACAUCAGAGAACGAACUUCGUGACGUGUAGUUACCGUGGAUCUAAAUGCAUUGACAUCAUUAACAGGGUGGGUCGCGUUCAGAUCUCCGUGGAGCGGUCGCGUAUUUUACGUGAUCCGCGAUUCUUGACGGUCACACGGGACGGUAUGAUUGUGGUCAGUGACAAUGAACUUCGGCGGGUGAUCUGCAUGAGUCCCGAGGGUCAGGUACAAUGGACACACACUCCAAACGCCGCCCCGUGGGGUGUGGCCUCGGAUAAGAUGGGAACAAUUUAUGUCUGCUUGGACAACAAUGACGUCCAGGCGAUAUCAGACGAAGGUCACAUGAUUGACGAAAAGUUUCUGUCUGCUCGAGAUGGCAUAAAGAUGCCCUAUGCUAUUUGUGUCAGAUCCAGACAACUGGCAAUUACUGAAUUUGGAACGAGUUUGUUUACACCUAAUAGUCCGUGGGUUCACAUAGUAUCAGUUUAAGUGACUGAAUUCUUACACAAUUCCCUUGAUUACACCGAAGACUAUAAGUAUUUAUCAUAUUGAAAUGUUACCGUUCAUGGAAGUUUUAAGAGUUGAAUGUAUAUUUAUAAGCACAUAUUAGAAAACAACUACAAGAACCGGAGUGUAACAUGGCAAUGAUUUAUCAAAUUCACGAGAAACAGAUUGUGCAAAAAAUACAAUAUGACUAAAAUGCAUAUUGAAUGAUUAUUAUAAUUGAAAAUUUUACAAGAAAAUCUAUUUUAGAGACCGCAAUCAUUUCUCUUUAUUUACAUAAUUUAUCGUUUGUUGAUUUUAUGAAUUGAUGUUCACGUUCUGCCAUUACUUGAACAAGAAUAAAAUUACAACGUUAUUUUGAAAA